CUUAUGUUUGCAACGCCAGUGCGUAUCCGUGCGCUGGGCAGCUCAGCCAGCAAGCUGCAAUCCUUGCAUUCCUAAGCACUCAAAAAGCUGGGAGCAGGCAGGCAGACAGUCGGUCUGUCAGAGCACAUACCAGUGUCUGCUCUUAAAAACGAAAAGAACGUGCUCCGGUCACGUUUAAAUCAACGGGGUUAACGCAGAGCGAUAUUUGGAUACCCCCCGGACCUGAACAUGUCGGAAUUUCUGGUGAGCUUGCUCGGGGAGCGGCUCGUCAACAGCGAGAAAGCCGAGGUGGAUGUGCAGUCUCUGGGCAGCAAGCUGUCGCUGGUCGGGCUCUACUUCGGCUGCAGCCUGAACGGCCCGUGCAAGCAGUUCAACGCCAGCCUCAGCGAGUUUUACAGCAAGUUUAAAAAAUCCUCAGAAAACAGAGACAAGCUGGAGAUCGUGUUUAUUUCAUCCGACCAGGAUCAGAAGCUCUGGCAGGAGUUUCUGCAAGAAAUGCAAUGGCCUGCAUUGCCUUUCAAAGAGAAGCACAAAAAGAUGAAGCUGUGGAACAGGUACAAGGUGACCAGCGUGCCCUCCCUGGUGUUCCUGGACGUGCUGACGGGGAAGAUCGUGUGCCGGAACGGGCUGCUGGUGGUGCGGGACGACCCGGAAGGUCUGGAGUUCCCGUGGGGGCCCAAGCCGUUCGGGGAGGUGGUGGCAGGACCUUUGAUCCGAAGCAGCGGGCAGGUAUCGGACGGCAGUGCCCUGGAGGGCUCCUUCGUUGGGGUGUAUUUCUCUGCACACUGGUGCCCCCCCUGCAGGAGUCUCUCACGAGUGCUGGUGGAGUCGUAUCGGACAGUUAAAGAGGCGGGUCAGAAGUUCGAGAUCGUCUUCGUCAGCGCUGACAGGUCUGAAGAGUCCUUCACACAGUAUUUCAGUGAGAUGCCGUGGGUAGCCGUUCCGUACGCAGACGAGGGCAGGAGGUCGCGGCUCAAUCGUCUUUACGGAAUACAAGGUAUCCCCACUCUGAUUCUUCUGGACACAGAGGGGAAGGUGAUCACACGACAGGGCCGGGUGGAGGUGCUGAAUGACCUCGAGUGUCGAGCGUUCCCCUGGCACCCCAGACCCGUCCUGGAGCUCAACGAAUCCAACGCAGUGCAGCUGAACGAGGGGCCCUGCCUCGUUCUCUUUGUAGACGCUGAGGAGGAGGGGGAACUAGAACCUGCCAAGGAGCUGAUCCAGCCAAUCGCAGAGAAGAUUAUUGCUAAGUACAAAGCUAAGGAGGAGGAGACGCCACUCCUGUUCUUUGUUGCUGGAGAGGAUGACAUGAGUGACUCGCUGCGCGAUUACACCAACCUGCCAGAGGCGGCUCCACUGCUCACCAUUCUGGACAUGUCGGCCCGCGCCAAAUACGUGAAAGACGUGGAGGAGAUCACGCCAGCCAUCGUGGAACAGUUCGUGGGAGACUUCCUGGCUGAGAAACUCAAACCUGAACCCAUCUGAAAAGGGGCGCGGUUAAAAAACAAAGACCCCCACCCCCCCCCCCCACCCCCCCCCCCGACACGACACGACGACCCCCGGACUGUUUUAAAGCCAGAGCCUCGCUUUCAACUCUUCUUGCUGUUUGUUGUUAUUAUUAUUAUUAUUAUGUGUUCUAACAUAAGAUCUUAUUGCAUAUCUAUCGCGGUGCCUUCGUAUGCUUCUGUGCCCCAGCCUGACUCUUUAAGAAGCAGCUCUGUACCACUGAUCAGAGACCUGGCCCCGGCCGGCACCACGGACCUCAUCAUCGCAGUGAACCACGGGAAACUUUCAACCUGCUUUUGUUUUUCUCUUUUCUUACCAAGGACAUUUUUUUUCCAAGAGAUCUGACUUGGCAACAAAUAUAAGGAAUAAAUGAGUUUUAAAAAUAAAUGUGUACUCUGUAAGAAUAGUGUAUAAAGUAUUAGGGCUGUUAAUAGGAGCUGGUGUGUGUUAUGAACAGGUGGAGGGGCUUGGUUGUGUUGUAUUGUGAACUCCCUAUGAAGGAACCUCCCUUGACCACUACAUGCUGUUCCUUCUAAUGUUUUUUUUAAUAGCAAUUAGCUCUUUUACUGCUAUGCUAUUUCAUUAAGGUCUUAAAUGAUAUGCUGUCUUUUUAGUCCAAAACAUUUACAAAAGUUUACAAAAAAUCUCAACACUGCUAACUUGUUCUAAAUGAGUCAUGUUCUCACAGCUCUUUAGCAUCUGCAGCAUUACUGCUGGCACCUUCAUUGCUGUGCUCAAGGUGUUUGAUGUAUUUCUUUUUAAAGAUUUCAUUCCUCUUGAUCCUGCUACCUGAUCGCUUCCUACAGCCUUGGGUCAUUGCUGGAGAUUGGAGUGAACGCAGGAUUGUGUGUGGGGGAAUAAAGAGCUGGCAAAUUGAAA